CUCAUACAAAAUCUCCUAUGUAUAAGUACUACGCAUACCUAAAAAUGUCUCUCACGAUCAUCAACACAAACAUAGAAAACGAAGAAUGAUGUGGCGAAACCAUGCCAUUUUGUUAACCCUUAUCUUACUGCCAGCACUAACAACUUCUCUCCCCGUGGAAAUGAAGAACCCUAUCGAUUGGAUCCGAGCCCCGACGACGGUGAGGGUGGAGAACAGGGUGGAAGGAGGUGCCGAAUUGAAGCUUCAUUGCAAAUCGAAGGACGAUGACCUCGGAGUCCGGGUGUUGGGGACACGCGACCAAUUCGUAUUUAGGUUCCGACCAAAUUUAUGGGGAACCACUCUGUUCUACUGCUCCAUGAACUGGGGAGAAGGACAGGUUCAUUGGUUUGACAUUUACAUUUUUUACAGAGAUUACAGACGUUGUAGCAAUUGUCAAUGGGUCAUCCGGAAAAAUGGCCCGUGUUAUUAUGACGCGGGCACUCGUGAGUUCGAUAUUUGUUAUCAGUGGAACCGUUAAGAGAUUGUCAAAGACGAAGCUGAGACAGUAAUAGUUUCUCCUAUAUUAUUAUUGCUUUAAGCAUUUCGUCACAGAAUAUGAGAUCAAGUGGUCAUCAUCCAGUCAAUGCCAUAGUGGCUUCAGUUUACAAUUUUCAGCCUCAAGAGAUCGCCUUGUGGCAAUACAGAUUAAUUAGGGCACAUUUUCAAGUUCAAAACCUUUUUUUUUUUUUUUUUUUUUGCAGAAUUCUAAUCCUGAGAUACCAUUUAAUGAGGGUUGUCAUUGUGAGUCUUGACAUUAUGCUAAAUAGAAGAAAGUUAAGUUCCAUUUCCUUCCAGUAAUUAACAACAUUAGUAAAGAUAGCUUUGAGUUGAUUCACACAAGCAUUUUGGGACCCUUGAGUGUUCAAUCCUAUGAUGCUUUUCAUAUUUUCUUAUCAUUAUAGAUGAUUUUUUGAGAGCUUCUGUCUGAUGAUUGAAAAUCAAUAUGUGAAGAGAGUUAAAGUGAUUAGGGGAAGGAAUUUUACAUGACAUAUGUUCAUAAUCAAAGAGGCAUUGUACACCAAAUUUCAUGUGUUGGGAGUCAAGAACAAAAUGGUACGGUUGAGAGAAAACAUCAAAACAUUUUGAAAAUUGUUAGGGCACGAAGAUUCGAUCUAAUUUGCCUAUGAGGUUUUGGAGUGAUUGUAUUUGUAUGCAAUUCACAUUUUGAAUCGAAUUCCUACACCAUUUUUAGAAAACAAAUUCCAUUUGAGAAGCUAUUCAGUAUUAUGCCUAAAUAUUCCUUCUUUAUUGUAAACUAAAAUAUGAACUAUCUCAUAAAUUUAAUAAACAUAUUGCAUACGUUUUCAGUAAUACAGUAUUACAUAUGUUUUCUGUAAUAUAAGCGUGACAAAAAAAAUCUUUAUUAUUUCGUUAAACUAUUGAUCAUCUUAUCAAUUUACAUUACUCAAGUUCUAUAAGCUUAGUUCUUUUCCAUGUAAGAGUUUACCAAAUGUGAUACUUUCAUAACUUAAAACCCUUUAUUAUUAUCAGAAUAUUAGUCAUCUCAUAAAAUUGCAUUCCAUAAAAGGUCAUGUAAGGUGUGAUAACUUUUACAUAACAUUGAAAUCAAAUGUAAUUCUUUCCAUUACUUUAUUUUAUUAUUUGACCCCAUAUUACAGAAGAUUUAUACAACACCGUUAUAUAAUGAUGACAUUACGUAAAGGUAAAGCUUAUAGAGUCGUAGUUAUUUCUUAUGUUUCAAUUAAACAAUGUAUUACACAAGUUUUUCAUAAAUGAGUUUGAACAAAAAAAUCCUUUAUUACUAACUAAUAUUUUUUCAUCUCGCCAAUUUUCAUUACACAAAUACUUUGUAAUAUUGGUUAUCUUAAUUCAUUACGUAACAUUUUAAUAAAAUGUGAUUUUUUGUAACUUUAUUCAUUUAUUAUUAACUAAUAUUCACAAUCUCUUUAGUAAGUUUUAGUCAGAUGAUUUAAAUCUUUUAAUAAGUUUUAGUCAAAUGUGAUACUUUUCGUAACUUGAUUUUAUUAUUAGCCAACGUAUUACAAAAGUUUAACAUAACACUGUUCUAUAACAGUUACAUAAAUCAAAAAUAUGUUACGUACAAUUUGUGGAGGUGCAGUUGUUCUUAUCAAUUAAAUAAACAUAUUACGUAUGAAUUUUUUAAUAUGAUUAAGAAACUACGUAAAAUUUAUGGAUGAAUAAUUAUCUCUUAUGUAUCAAUUAAGUAAACAUAUUACGUAAAUAUUUUGUAAUGAUUAAGAACAUGUUUGGUAGUUAAGAUUCUCUAGAUUGAUGUAUUUAAUCAAUUUAUAUGUAUUGUUUCAAUCCACGGAUUUGAAAAAUACAUUGUUUGUAGGUUGAAUAAUUAUGGUGGUCCCUAAAAAAAUGACGAAGAAAAAAUGAGAGAUUGACAAUCUCAUAUUUUUAUCUGAGAUUGACAAUCAUCCAUAAUGAAUGAUUUUGGUGGUC